CUGCACGCAGUGACAUGGAGCACAUCGACUAGUUCUGAAAGCUGUUUCUUGUUAACGUUCCAACUCAGUCCAUAUCUGCCUCUUCCGACAUCCGUCGCAACGUCGGACACCUGUAUAGCGACACACUAUUGGUCUUUACCCAUUAGCAAUAUAGCUGAGUGCUGCAAAGCAGAUUAGCAACUGCAGGCUGAGCUCAAGUGGAGCAAGACUAGUCGGCAUGCUUCAACGCCAUGCACCCCCUUGUUGCUGCACACGUCGGCAGCGAAUUCCCUGCAGGGAACGUUUCCUACUUAGCAGGAACUUGCCUAUCGUCAUGAGCUUCAAAACUUCGCCCGAGAGACCCCAGAGCCCACAACGGAAGAAUUCUAGGACGCCUGUUGUUACUGACAGGAGCACAAACAGUUUUAAGCAAACGGUUGACGUCUUGUUGAACCGCGCUGCGUCUUCCCUUGAGCGCGGACCGUGCACUUGCCUAAGCUGCCGGGGGGGAGGAACUGUGGAAUGCCCACAUUGCAAGGCCACCGGCCGGCUAGGCGAGGUGGCUGUGGAGCGUGCCUCGCUUCUACGGAACGCCGUACGUCGCUUUCGUAUGGCAGUUGGCCUCACGCCGCAUGAGGUGCCGUAUGCCACCAGCGAGUGGGUGCGCACCAACCGCUGCCCGCGCUGUCGGGGCAGCGGGCGGCUGCUGUGUGAGCUGUGUGGCGGCACGGGGCUGCGCUUCCCGCACCUGGCGCAAGACCACUGGCGGCAGUGCGCUGGUCAGCCCGGCGAGGAGGGUGGCGGGCCGGAUGGGGAGUACGAGGACGCAUGCCCCACGGAGUGAUGGGCGGAGGCGGAGGUGGAAGUGGAGGACGUGUGAGGUAGGGGCGGUCCCAGUGUGUGCACCCCCAUCUUUCCGGACAAGUUCUGGCCAGCUAGCUAGCGCUUUGCCGCCUAGUCAGCAAUGACUGGUAUGUCGGAUGUCUUCAGUCUUGGCCUUGUGCUUAGUCGUCUUAAUCCUUGCACUCUUGGAGGGUGGAUUUGUGUGGGUGGAAGGGUUCCUAGCCAUGCUUUGUAAUCGGCUGGGGGGUAACGUAUGUACGGCGGGGAGGGGUGUGCGACGUUGGCAUCCAAGGAUAACGUCGGGCUGUCGGUAGGCAGCUUGCUGUCGUCAAGCUGCUAGCGUGAGAGUCCGUGGGGUUGGUUGCCUAGUCACCCGCAGCAGCAGUGCAUGUUGUGCGUGCAUGGCAGUGGCUGAGGACCGCCAUUGACAGGCCGCAGUCGUGUCGGAUGGCAUGCUUGCCUGCACCAUUAAGCAAGCGGUUCCGUCCGAAGUGAAGGCUGUGGGCUAUACCUUUGGAGAGAAUGUUAGCAUAGCGGGCGUUGCAUUAUUGCCCCGCAGUGAAUUUAAGGGGGCUUGUAUGCACAGGUAAGUAUGGCAACACCCAACGGGUGUUGGAAUAUUUCGGGGAGAGUAAUAUUUCGGUCACGGCCCGCCCUCCAGCCAUGCAUACCAAAGACGUACAUAGGCACUUUUCUUGUUUCAGCAGAAGAUGUAUGGGUUAUAUUGUAUUAUCAGAUGCUCGUCGGAUGGUGCAGUACGGUCGUUGGCUGCAACGGUAUGUUUGUUCGGCAUGUUGGUUUGGUAUUUUUGGUUUCUUGGUAUGUUUGUUUGUGCGAUAGCAUGGGGUGCACAUUGCGCCAUGCUCACAAGGCAUAUGAUGAAGCAACACAUUGUCAUAAGCGGUUUACAUCUCGUAGUUUCGGCUGUAGCAUGUUGGAUGGAGGAUUCGCCGUAUUCGGGGUAUUUACGGCCACGCAUGUCCUAUUUGUGGCUGUCAACUCAAGGUUAGUGUAUUGUACCCAAUAACGAGCAGCUACAUUGAGUUUUGUCUGUGGUGGUUUAUCUCGUUUCCCAGAAGGUGUGGUUUGUUUGGCGGGUAGAAUCUGCAUGUCAGUUGUUCCGUCUUGAGCUUUAGUAACAAUGUCCUCGCUUCGGGAAGUGGGACCUCCAGUGAAAACGGUUACUUGUCUGAACCGUGUUAUAAAUGGUUGUGCGAACAGCGUGUACCAAACAACUGGCGAACAGAAUGCGUGUGUUUGGGAGGGUACCGGUAAUCAACAACUCCGCACGUGUAACCGGUGUUUUAACG